CAUUCCACGAAAAGUACUUGUCAACACGAGAUGGUUAUGUUAUCGUUGCGCAGUUCAUUAUUUUCGUUUAAUCAGAGCUAUCGAGGCGAAUAGAUCGCCUUUGUUACUUAUUUCUGAGCUUCAGGUCGCCUUCUGCACCAGUGUGUGUAAAGGCUCGACUUUAACGUGUACCCUCGUUGAAGAACGCUAAUUUACUUUGUUAUAUUUUUCGUCAAAGUGUCUGUGAUUUAAUUGUAGAUUCCGAAGAUGAAGGCUAUUUUCCUAGCUGUCGUUGGCCUCCUGGCUGUCAUCGCCCCAACAUUCGCCACACAAUGUCACGUGAAUCCGGUCACGAUCCCGAAGGAAUGGGUCACCGUGCACCGCUCCUGCCGGGACAGCAUGCGCCGUCAGAUCCAGGAGGAGGUGAAGGCUUCCUUGCAGUAUCUGGCCAUGGGCGCUCACUUCUCUAGAGACACCAUCAACAGACCAGGUUUCGCAAAGCUAUUCUUCGACGCAGCUUCAGAGGAGCGAGAGCAUGCCAUGAAACUGAUCGAGUACCUGCUCAUGAGAGGUGAACUCACCUCCGACGUCAGCUCGCUCAUCCAGAUCAGGCCACCAGAACGCAAAUACUGGGACAACGGCGUGGAAGCCCUGGAGCACGCGCUGAAGAUGGAGACUGAAGUCACCAAGAGCAUUCGUACGGUCAUCAUCAACUGUGAAAAUGAUGACGCCUACAAUCAUUACCAUCUUGUCGAUUAUCUGACUGGCGAGUUCCUGGAAGAACAGUUCAAGGGACAACGCGACCUUGCAGGCAAGACGUCCACACUCAAGAAGCUGAUGGACCGCCACGCGGCCCUGGGCGAGUUCAUCUUCGACAAGAAACUCAUGGGCUUAGACAUCUAGACGCCCGCGGUCAUAUUUUUUUUAAUCAGUACAAAAUUUCCCCCGUAUUUUUGACAGUUGUGUUUGUUAUUUUCCCGAGUUGAUUUUGACAGUCUACUUUUUUUUUUAAUUUCGAGUGCCUUUGGGCAGUGAUUACUUUUUUGUUUAGUACAAAUUCCUGCUUUUUUUAAGUUGAUACAAUUUUGUUCACAUUCAUUAAUAAUUUUAAGUGAAACUCGAAAUAUAGUAAAUCAUGUAGGUAUUGUACAAAUAUAUUAUAGUUUUAAGCCUAAAAGUAUACUCCACUGUACCAAUAUUUAUCAGUCAAUUAGUAGUUUCGGCCGUAUUACGUAAAACUUAGCGUUUUUUGUAAUUCAUUUGAACGCUCAGUGUUUUGUUUGGUAAUGUAGAAUCGUUUAUAUUUCAGUAAUAAAGUUUAUUCACCCGUAAA